AGUCGAAGACGAGUUUUCAAAUGUUUUGUUGUUUUCGUUUGGUCUUUAACUUUUUAGUCAUUCAUGUUUCGGUUGUUUUGUGUUUUGACGCAACGAAACGCUUGUUGAUUUCACAACUUGACGGAUCUGGAAUCAGGAAAAACAUCGCAGUUUGCUUCCAUUUCCGAUACUUUUGCCAAUUCAUAAAUGAAAUGAAUUAUUAUCAUAUGUAUGGUGAUGAAGAUCCCUAUGAUGGAGCAGAUUACCUCGAUUUUGCUCAAGAAGCUGACGAACUUCAAAUGAAUUACGAUCUGGUAAUGGAUUAUUUAAAUGAAGAAGAUGACUAUGAAAGCAAUCCUGAAAUCGAUGAAGAAAUUCGUCUGCAAACUUCAAAACUGCUCUUCAACUCAUCAUUGACAAACAAGUGCCUCAAUGUUUUGGUCGAGGACUUAAAUACUUACUCAAGAUCUAACAAUGCAAUGUUGAUCACAUUCAAGGACUCUGUGGCCAAUCUUCCUCCGACUCUGAAGGCGUGUUUGUUCAAGAAACUUGGACAUGCCAAUCAUGGAUAUAAGGGGUCGGAGAAAAUGGAUCCCAGAGUGAUUUACAUCAUCAUCUCUCACCUGCUAGGCCCUCAAACCUCAGAAUUCAAUUUUGUGUGGAUGGAUCCGGAAUCAGAUCUUGAUUUAGUAGAAAAGACAUACAGGUUCCUGGCAAGCAAGUGUCAUAACAGCCUUCGCAGACUGAUCCACGGAAAUGAAGGCAAAAUCUCUCGUAAUUCUAGCUACGAGUUGAGCUUCAACCGUCUCAAGUCUAUCUUGUACCUGAAAAAUCUGCAGCAUUUGCAGCUACAUGAAAAUGCCUUGAAUGAUCUGGACUUCCGGCGCAUUUGCCACAAACUGGUCAACCUUCAGUAUUUGAGCUGUGAACUUGUAGAUGUUGCUCAAGAUGCCCUGGCCAACGCCUUAAUGCCUUUGAAGAAACUGGAGGUGUUCAUUUUUAAGGCGUGGACCCGCAACAUGAAACUGAAACCUCUAGAAUUGGUUGACUCUUCCAAGCUCAAUGGGUUCUGUCUGAAAAAUUUCCCCCAACUCAAAGUCAUUGGUGCUCAAGUAGGCAAUGAGCAUUUCCAAGCACAUGAUAGUCGUACUACUUUUCACCAUUUGGAAAGGCGUGACCUUCUAUCUGGCAAGACUCGCCAGUUGCAGCACCUGUCAAUCAACAAACCUCUCACAAACGAGCAGGCAAAUAAAUUACCAAAUGUCACUUCCCUGAGGAUUUCCGUUGGAACGGAAUUGGCGCUUGAUAUCGGGAACCUAGUCCAGUUUGACAAGCUUCGAAACCUGACUGUUGAGUGGCCAACCGAAAAUUCCACUUACGACAAAAAUGUGCUGAUUUGGCUCCUGCAGACCUACGGGCCUCAAAUUGAGUGUUUGAGCUUAAGAAUUUACCCUCAUCACCCUGAGCUCACUUUGUGGGAGAUUCAUGCACUUUGUCCUAAGCUUGAAAAGCUUAGUCUGGAUCACAAUUUUGUUCGUGGAUUAGAUCAAGCAAACCUUCUUGAUCCCAGCACAAUAAACAAUUUGACCAAAAUCAGCAUCACUGGCUGGAGAGAGAGAUGGGGUUCUGAAAAAUUGCUGUACCAACUGUUCACUCCUCCCAAGCUGGAGUGUCUGUGUUUGUGGGACACGCAACUGUCGGAUGACACUGUAGAAUGUGCAGUAGAAACAGUUAAUGAUGGACCUCAAAGCAUUUCGCCCAGCCUAAAGGAGUUCCGAGGAUCGGCAAACUUCAGUGAAGAGUGGAUGACUGUCAAUGGUAUCAACAGAAGGAGUUUGGCAGCCUACUGGGGAUUUUUUGUUGAGAUGAUUUGUGCCAGGGCUCCAGCUCUGAUGAUUGUGAAAUUUGAUUACGGUCACUCUGGUGCUGAUGCUCCCGAGGGUCUUGUUUCGAUGCUUGAAAGGGCUCGAAUUUUGUAGCCUUUGUAAAAUAAAAAUAAAU